GUUACAUGGUUCCAGCCAUACUGGAGAGGAUGAAAAUGGCCCAUUUGCAGGGGAAGUCUCCCACAGAAAAUACAAACAUGCCUAACCGGAGAAGGACAAACGACAGGACCGCCAUUCCCCAAGCUCGCUCGAAUGAAUCAGCGAGGAGGCGACAGUCUGGAGAGGAUGCCGGCAGGAGACUCAGAGAGAUGCUACAACAAGAGAAAAGGGCCAAGGAGAGAGAAUCCCGCAGAAUGAGGGAUGAGGUGGGUGAGAGGUGAUCCACUGGCUAAGGUCGGCGAGCUGAUAUGACACAGAUACAGAGACGACAUUUCCAACGCCAGCCACACGUCAUAGGUAGCUGGCCGGGGAGAAAUCCUGCCACUCACCCUUCCGGAGGACCGAACGAAACGCCCCGAGACGCAGAGCAGACAGGAUUGGCUCGACCUUGUGGCCGUGGGGCGGCUAGCCAGACUCACAAAGGGAAUGCAAGGGACAGUCCACGACGUGGCGGCGGAACAGUGAACCAAAAUCGCAACGCGAAUUCAACGGAGAGUCCUCGACGAAACGAUCGUUUGCAGCGGAACCAGAACCGCAAUGGGAAUUCGACAGAGAGCCCUCGACGUGGCGGCCGCGGGACGGUGGGCCAGAUCCGCAAUGAGAUUCCGAGGGGCAGUCCUCGUCAUCGUGACCGGAGGACAGUGAACCAGAAUCGUAAUGGGAAUUCGAGCGAGAGUCCCCGACGAAGCGGCCGUGGGACGGUGGAACAGAUUCGCAACGGGACCUCGGGGGACAUUCCGAAAGACAGAAUGGACACUUCCAAUGCGCAGUCCAAACCGUCGCCGAAGGUAAAGAAGGAGCCUGGUAUCGACCAAACACCGAACGCUGGCGAACCGGUCCGGCCCGUUCCGAAUCAAAGGGCCGAAAACCCGUCGACGGAGCGCCCGGCUGGGGUUAGACAUCCGGGGCCCCAAUCCCACCGGCGAGGCUCAAUCAGCCAAAAUACGUCCGACGAGCGCCGCUCUGGCGGGAGAAUUUCUGCUCUGCCCGAACCAAACCGAUCCCAAACCUUGGCUGCCUCGGGUCAACCAAACCAUGGGCCCGCAAGGGCAGGGUGUGAUAAGUGUGGUAACUGUGGUAACUGUGGCAAACUGGGGUCAUCAGCAGCCGACGAGCUCUGGCGACUGGUGAUGGAUAAGAGCGACUUGUUUACGAGCGAAGUGAAGGGCUUGCGACAGAGUCUGCAGGAUUUAACGACUCGGCUCGGCCAUGCCGUUGACAAACAGGAAAACAUGGAAAAGCAAUUGGCUGAGCAGUCCAGGUGGAGCCAAGAAGCAAAAGAGGAACUCGAAAGGCAAAUAGCCAUCAUUGAGACUCAACAGAACCUGUUAUUGGCAGAGGAACAGCCAUCGUUCGCGAGGAGCACGACGUCUGAGGACGAAGCGGCGAGUGAAGGAGAGGAAGAAGAAGUGGAGGAGGACGAUGACUUCGACAGCGGCCCGGAAUACGAGGAACCAGACGACAGAACGUUUAGACCCGAGGGUCUGUCCGAGAACGGGGACAGUCGAGACGGAGAGCACGAUGAAGGUAGUGAGAGCGAGGAGUAUGAACAGUUCGCCGAAGCCGAGCAGACUCCUUGCGCAACGAGGGCGGGCCGUAAGAGGAGAGCUAAGGCGCAAAACCCAAGCCCGCACCCUUCCAAGAAACGGCCAGCAUGGGUCCGACGCGAAACCGCGGUCCCAAACCCCCACCUAGCAACAAUAGCCCGGGAUCUUGAACGGCGUCGGUCUGGGGUCCGCGGCUGGAUGGGUAGAGGAACAGGUAUCAGAUCGGAUCCGGUGGUGGUGGACUAGGUAGCGGGAGGGAGGUAAAUGGGAUGGCGCGGGUAGGAUG